AUGCCCCCUCCCCCAAGCUUCCUCUGCACCUUCUGCUGGCUUCCCCAAUACCCCCCCAUUCACCCCAAAACCCUCGGCACCGAAUCUCGCAUCUGCUGCCCUCCCUGCUAUGAGCACAUCUUGGAUCUGGCGAUAUGCUGGGUUUGCGGUGAGGUGAUAGUUAGGACCGAAGAGGCGGUUAGUCUGGGAUGGUGCUUUCGGCAUCGCCACUGCUUUGGGCGUUUAAUUUGUGGGGAGAAGUUGGCAGUUGGGGAUGGGAAGUUGGAGUUGGAUGUCGUGCCGGUUUGUGGGGAUUGCGAGGAGGGGAAUGAGGGAGUUGGGAGAGAGAUUGAUAGGAGGGAUGGGGGGCUGGGGAAGGCAAGGCGGGAGCGUCUCAUAGAGCCAAAGCAUGGCUCUGUUUCAAACGAGACGCUCUCUGGAGUAGCUCAGACACAGGUGGAAGUUGAGGCAGAGUCUCGCGCAAAAACUGGUGCAGCGGCAGAAUCAAUCAGCUAUAACGGGGAACAUGAAUCUCCAGCUUUGCCGCCACCAGUUUAUAUCACAAUCACAGAUCCCAUAAACGGACCAUCUUUUAAGCCAGGCCCCACGAAACCGAUCCCACGAUGGAUGAAACAGCUGCCCAAUGGAAGGGAGCGCGAGCAAGUUCAUCUUCCGGCAACUACAUCAUCCGCCGCCGCAGAAUCCAAGGUUGAUAUAGUACCCAUUGAAAAUGCCAGAGACUUGCUCGUUCCAUCUCUGCAACUGUCAGCACCCGAAGAGCAAAGGCUACCGUCAAAAAUAACACAUGCCUUCACUGCAGCUACCGUUGUCCCAGAGGCUAUUCUCGCAUAUAAUGACCGCCGCAUGACAAUGAGCACUCCGCCAAAGAUGCAUCACCAGCGUCCGGAAUAUGGCGCAAGACCCGGCACGCCGCUCUACACUGGUGGAGAAAUGGGCGUGGAGUACUUGAGGAGGUGUCACCUGCGAGCCAUGGAGAAAGCGAAAGGGUGA